UCCACAUCGUCUUCAAGAUCGCUCGUUCGGCGACUCUAGGUAUUGCGUACAUGGCAACCGCCGGCGGGUGCGGCGGUUCGGUGAGGAUGAUGGUCAGCUACCGCGGCGAGAUCGUCCAGGGCGACCACGGGCCAGGUGGCGGCAGGGCAAAGGCGGCGCCGUACUACGCCGGGGGCGUCCACCGCGUCGUCAAGGUCGCCCUGUCCGAGCGGCUGGCCGGCCUCCGCGCGAGGAUGGCGGCGCUCGCCGGCUUCUCGGACGUACGCAUCCGGUACGCGCUCCCGGGUGAGGGUCUCGCCCGGCUCCGCGACGUGGCGGACGACUGCGACCUGUGGGGCCUCGUCUCCCUGCUGCUCUACUACCAGGAGGCGUCCGACGCCGGCCGCGUCAGGGCGUUCCUGUUCGGCGUCGACGCGUCGUCGUCGCUGCCCCGCAGCGCGUCUUCGUCGUCGCUGCCGACGACGUCGGGUGGCGCGUGCGGGGGCCGCGAGCACGCCAUCGCCGUCCAGGUCAAGGUCAGCUAUGCCGGGGAGAUGAUCCAGCGUGAACCUGGAGCAGAGGGGCAGGCGGCGGCGGCGUACUACUCCGGGGGGAUUCACCGGAUCGUCAGGGUCGGCCUCUCCGAGCGCCUCGCCGACCUCCGCCCGCGGCUGGCGGCGCUGGCGGGCCUCCCCGACGUCUCGAUCCGGUACGCGCUCCCGGAGGAAGAGGGCCUCGGCUGCCUCCGCGACGUGGCGAGCGACGGCGACCUGUGGACUCUCGUGUCGCUGCUCUUCUUCCACGAGGCGGUCACCGACGCUAGGCCCAAGCAUGGCCGCAUACGCGUGUUCCUCUCCGGCGCCGACGCCCCCGCGGCGGCGCCCCUCGGGAGGAGCGCGUCGACGCCGUUCCUGCCAGCUUUGGUGGAGGAAGACGAGGACGACGUGGCGGCUGUAGCUUCGCCGCCAGAUGGUUCCAGCCUCAGCACCAUCCCUUUCGUGACCCAGGGGAUGCGGCGGAGCGUGUCGUCGCCGGAGCUGAUGACGCCGCCGUCGGGCUCGAACAACAUGGCCACUCUCACGCCCACGGCCGCGGCCGCUCCAGGAGACAGCGCCGGGAGCAAGGACGACAUGGCAGGGCCAGUGCCAGCGCAGCUGGUAGCUCCGGUUGUGUGGGUGCCGGUGACGUCGGCGGCGACGGUGGUGAUCCCGGUGUACUACUACCCGGUGGAUUACCCUCGUGUCGUGUUGAAUUGA